CUUGAAUACUUGCAGUCAGCCAAAUGACUCGACUCUCUCCAAGCACGAUGGUCCCUUCUUUGAAAGAUUCAGGAAGUUUUCAGACGUGUCGCUGCUGGAUGUGAGGAUGGGACCCACUUUGCUCUGUGAGCUGGGCCUAUUCUUGCUCUGUACGCUCCUCUGCACUGGACACGCUCAAGAUGCUGUGUUAACUAUUGAACCCAACUGGUCCAGUUUUUUCAUUGGAGAGUUUGUUACCUUCAUGUGUGACAUGAAUGAAGGAGCAGACACUGACUGGGAAUACAAACUCAACAAGGAUGGUCAAGAAUUUGUCCCCUACGUCAAACACAAAGACUACAGAAUAAAAUUCACAUCUACAGGUUACAGUGGGAAAUAUCAGUGCUUUGGUAGCAGGAAGAGUUCACGUUAUACAAAGAGCAGUAACACUGUCUCUGUAACUGUAUCAGGUAAACCCAGGGCCACACUGACAGCAGGAACAACAAUCAUACCAGUAGGGGGCAGUGUGACACUGACCUGCUCUGUGGGGAGCUCUGCUGAGUGGAAAUAUGAGUGGUUCAGACGCACCCAAAGAACCACUGAAGUUCAAAUCAGAAGAGAUGAUCAACCAAACAGAGUUAUCAGAGUAUCUCAAGGAGGAAUCUACAGCUGCAGAGGAGGAAGAGGAAACCCAGUUUACUACACUGAUAAAAGUGAUGAAGUCAUCAUUGAGAUAACCUUUUCCAAUAAAGUUGCUGUAAAACAACAACAACACAACUGGCCUCAGAUAUUCAGCGGUGAGACGAUCACUCUGACAUGUGAGGUGCAGGAAGGAGGUGAACCCACUGAGUGGGAGUAUCAAUGGAGAGGACCCAGGAAAACCACACAGUGGACACACAAUAAUUAUUGGACAUUCAGAGUUUCUGAGUCCACCAGUGGAGACUACAUGUGUAAGAGUCGACGCAGAGAUGACUCAUAUUCUUCAACAGAGUGGAGUGAAGCCUUCACACUGUCAGUAACAAGUCGACCAAAGGCCCAACUGAGAGCUGAUAUUAGAGACAUUCCAAUAGGGGGCAGUGUGACUCUGACCUGCUCUGUGAACCCAUCAUCAUCAUCAUCAUCAUCAUCAUCAUCAUCAUCAUCAUCAUCAUCAUCUGGGUGGAAAUACUACUGGUACAGAGAUGAGAAACACUCUGAACCUCUGACCACACAAGAUGCAUUUUUCCUCUCAAAUGGACAAAUCAGAGUCUCACAGGAAGGACUCUACAGGUGCAGAGGAGGAAGAGGAGACCCAGUUUACUACACAGAGGACAGUCAGUCAGUCAUGUCAAACAAAGCUGUUGUGACUCUGCAUCCAAACUGGACUGAGAUAUACAGAGGAGAGACGAUCACUGUCAGAUGUGAGAUCCAUGGAGGAGACACUGAGUGGGAUUAUGAAUGGGAAACAAACAGCUCCAGAAAACCUGAAAAUCAAAAUGAAAACAGGAUUAGAUCUGCUUCAUCAUCCAACAGUGGAAACUACCGCUGUAAGGGCCGAAUGAAAAGUUCACAGCAUAAAACAACAGAGUGGAGUGAUUCAGUCACACUGACAGUUUCUGACAAACCCCGUCCUGUCCUCACUGUGUCUCCAUCAUGGCUGAGUCCUGGAGCCUCAGUAACUCUGAACUGUGAGGUUGAACAUCCGUCUGCAGGAUGGAGCUUCUACUGGUAUAAAGCUGUUCCUGAUCUAUCAGAGAAAUCCUACAGUUAUGAGCUGCUACCUGAUGGCAGUGGGACUGCACAGGACUCCUACAUCAUUGAUGGACAGACACACACAGCAGGAUAUGUGUGUAGAGCUGGAAGAGGAGACCCAGAGUAUCACACUGAUCACAGUGAACCAAAGUUUGUCUGGUCUGCAGAUGUUCAUUCAGCAGCGUCUCUCACAGUGAGUCCUGACAGAGUGCAACACUUCACCUCUGACUCUGUCUCACUGACCUGUGAGGGAAACUCUGCUGAGUGGAGAGUGAAGAAGUUCACUGAGGACGGCCGACUGAACUCUGGCUGUAGGACAAUGACUGGAUCCACAUGUAACAUCAACACAUCACAGUCAGGUACUGCAGUGUACUGGUGUGAGUCUGGAUCAGGAGAGUUCAGCAGUGCAGUCAACAUCACUGUACAGGAUGAUCCUGAUGGUCCUAUCCUGGUGAGUCCUGUUCAUCCUGUGACUGAAGGAGCUUCUGUUAGUCUGAGCUGCAGUUUGAGGACACAAAAAAUACUUUCCAAUGUGUUUUUCUAUCACAAUGACAAACUUAUUCAAAGUGAUACCCGAGAGGAGCUGAAGAUCUCUGCAGUGUCAAAGUCUGAUGAAGGUUUCUACAAGUGUGAAUACUCAGGAAGAGAGUCACCACAGAGCUGGAUGUUAGUUAAAGUAACUGUGUCAGCAGCUGUGUGGCUGAUUGUUGGACUGGUUUGUGGAGUCUCUCUCCUCAUUAUUCUCCUGCUCUUGUUGUAUCGCUGCAGACAGUCCAAGUAUUCAUGCUUCACCAGGUCGAUCCAGUCUGAGAGUCACAGUUCGAGCUCCACCACAAAUCAUGGAGUCAACCAGGAUGAAACUCAUGAAUACGACUCUCUUCAUCCUGAUGAACCCCAGAGUGUCACAUACUCUCUGAUUGAACUGAAAAACUUUGGAAAGAAGACUUUGUGUCAUAAACCUGCUGAACAAAUGUGUCCUGAGGUCUGAUCUUCUCUUUCAGAGGACACGCUGAUGUAUGCUGAGGUCAACAAAAAACAAAAGAACAACAAGAAAACAGGAACAUCGAGUCCUGCAGCUGAUGCAGACGUUUAUUCUGAAGUCCAAUCAGGAAGCUCUCUCUGUCAGUGAGGAGAGCUGCAGCAGCAAAGCCAAAAGAAGCAUUUGAUGAAGCCGCUCUGGCUCCUCUGCUCCACAAAUAUCAGACAUCAUCUUUUUGUUUUGUUUUGUUUUGUUUGUUCAAGAU